AUGAUUAAAAAGGGGAACCGAGCUGCAGAUGUUGCAAAUGAUAGUAUGAUAGAAACGCUUAUAGUUUGGUCCGAAGAUCUUGUCCAAGUUGUUGCCAAGGCAUUUCCUAUUCCUUCAACUGGAGUUUCGGAAUGUGUAAGGAGAGUUGGUUUAGACGAUAUUGCAGGCAUUAAUGAAUGUUUGGAGAGGAAGGCUAAAGCUAACGAGACCAAUGGAAAUAACAAGAUGUGGAUUAUGAGGUUUCCAUUACCAAGAAAAUAUAUUCUCAUCGGCAGAAUGGUGCAGUGGAUUACUCCUGAAACGGCUCUCAACCAUGAAUGGCUUCAUGAAGUUCAUUUUCCCAAUUUUAAAGAAUUUAUGCUUACUUUUCCCUCUCAGCAUGCAAAAGACAGGAGUUGUGACCUUGUCAAUAUGAAAUUCUUUAUCAUGAAUAUUUGA